AUGAGCGCCGUGAACAUCACCAACGUCACCGUCCUCGAUAACCCCGCUUCCUUCCUCUCUCCUUUUCAGUUCGAGAUUUCCUACGAGUGCUUAGCCGCUCUCAAAGAUGAUUUGGAAUGGAAGCUCAUUUACGUUGGAUCUGCUGAAGAUGAGACUUAUGACCAGUUGUUAGAGAGUGUUCUUGUUGGUCCUGUCAAUGUUGGAAACUAUCGAUUUGUUUUACAGGCGGAUCCGCCGGACCCGACCAAGAUUCGCGAAGAAGAUAUAAUUGGUGUUACUGUGCUUUUACUGACUUGCUCUUAUUUGGGUCAAGAGUUUAUUCGGGUUGGUUAUUAUGUCAACAAUGACUAUGAUGAUGAGCAGCUGAGGGAGGAACCUCCUACCAAGGUUUUGACUGAUAGGGUUCAAAGGAACAUUUUAUCUGAUAAACCUAGGGUUACCAAGUUUCCCAUCAAUUUCCACCCCGAGAACACUGAAAUUGAAGACCAACCUGUUGCAUCGGAGCAACAACCUGAAACUGUUGAAGACCCAUCCGCUGUAGCUGACUGUGAUCCCCUGAAUGACGGGGAGAAAAAAGAGGAUUCUUAG